AUGUCGGCUUCCAACGUGUUGUUCGAGUACGUGUCAGGCAGGUCCCUUCACCACCGGAUCCAGAGAUCGGGCGGCCGCGGGCUGCCUGAAAUGGAGGUUCGGAAGCACGCGCGCUCCAUCCCCCGAGGCUUGGAUCACAUCCAUAAACUCGGGUUCGUGCAUUGUGACCUCAAGCCGGAAAAUAUUCUGCUUUGUGAGAAAGGACCGUUUGUGGCUAAAAUCGGAGAUUUCGGUCUGGCUAAAGAGGCGUUUUCGUCUCCCGAAACGAGGGGUACGCUCAUGUACAUGUCGCCCGAGGCCGUGUGCCGUAACACGCAAGAAGUCCCGAGCGACGUUUGUUCGGUUGCGUGCGUCGUGCUCGAGAUGCUGACCGGGAAGCCACCGUGGGAUGAGACGAGUGAGCAGGAGAUUGUGGCGGGGAUAGUCGCGCAACGCCUGCCGAAGAUUCCGAAGGAGACGAUAUCGGGCCACGCGAGGAAUUUUUUGGAGCAGUGUUUCGAGUGGAACACUUUCUUCAAAGGGAGUGUCGAGUCGGUUUUGUACCAUCCGUUUCUUGGUGGUUUGGGCGAAGAUGAUUGA